AUGGCAGGCGGCGUACCCCACAACAAAAUGGCGAUGGACCCGGCCAUCAUCAAGCUUGGGAACAUGCAGUCGCAGCGUCACCUCUACUUCCGCUGGACCAAGAGGACGGCGCGCGUCACCUUGAUGUACGCCGUUGUCGUGCCCGUCAUCAUUGGAUUCAUCGGUUACAAGACGGACGGACUCUGGGAGAUGCGUGCGAAGCGCAAGGGCGACCUCCUCGCUGAGCGGUAG